AUGGGCAAUUCAAGAAGCAAUUACGAACGACAUGAAGAUGAUGAACAACAACAACGAAUUAUUAUUGGAAAAGAAUUUCGUCUUGUUCUUGGACAACUUAAUUUAUCAUCAGAUUUAAUAAAAAGAAAAAAAACUUUUUCAAAUAAUAAACAACAAUAUCCUCGAAAAGUUUCUUUAUCAUCAUCAAACUCAACAAUAACAUCAUCAUCAUCUUUCGAUUCUCAUCAUUCAUCUGUUUAUGUUAUUCAACUUGAUAUACCUACAUCUCCAUGCGAUUCAAAUGAACUCGAUACUCAUGCUUUUAUUCAAUAUUUAUUUCAUCAAGAUACUUAUGGUAAAGAACUUACACAUAUAUUUAAAAUUCCAAUGCCUAUUACUAUGAAUAAUAAUCAAAAAUUUCAAUUAAAAACAUUACCAACACUUAAAAUAGCUGCAGUUUAUUAUGAUCAACCAUCAACAACUAAUGAAUUAAAUAUUGAAACAAUUUCUUUACUCUCUGAAAAUGACCUUGAACAAAAAUUUCAAGAAUUUAAUGAAAAAAAUAUCUUAUCUAUUUAUACAUCAAAAUCAAAAAUCUAUAUAAUUUAUACAAAAAAACCAAUAAUACAUAAUAAAUAUAAAUUAAUUCGUUCAACAACUAUGACAAAAACCAUACUUGAAAAUUUUGAAUGGCUUCAUCCAUUUAUCAACUAUUCAAAUUUAGGUUAUCGUUUAUGUGGAAUGAUUCCUAUUAUUAAUUCUCCAUUAGCUACCUCAUUUACUAUUUAUUGGUUAUUCGAACAAAUCGAAACAAAUGAAACGAUUCAAUAUGAUUAUAGUAUAAUUGAAUAUCAAUUAAAAUCUUUCUCAUUUAAUAAUUGGACAUCAUUACUUAAUUUAAUGUCAAAACAAGAAUGGAAAUUAGUAGCAACAUUCGAUUAUAAUCAAAAGAAAAAACAUGGAGAACAAAUAUAUUUUCUACUUUUUUUUCAAAGAAUAAAAAAUUAUCGGGAUUAG